GGGCGGACGGCCCCUAUAUAAGGAGCGGCCUCGGCGCGCUAUCAAAGAGCGCGUGGGCAGCCGCGCGCCGGUCAAAAUUUGUAGGUCUCAGAGCGUGGCCCCGGGUGGGUGGCGAAUUGCAAAUUGCAUGGGCAGCAAACGAAAAAAAACUUUUUUUAAAAACUUCGAAGCCCCCCUGACAAGAACCCCCAGAAGGUUCCCCACGACUUGAACUUAACCCCCCCCCCCGUAAGUUUGUGAGACGGUGCAUCUGCAGUGCACGCGAUAGGCAAUAGCCGGUAGCCGGUGUUGAACUCAGCGCGCGAGGCUUUGGCGGUGUUGACGCGCGUCAUGCUGGAGGACAGAGCCUCAGAGCAGCACGUGGUGCACAAGGCGAGGUCAAGUUGCCUUCAGUUCCCAGGAGCUCCGCGCUCCGCACCGCCGCGCCGCGUCUACCAGGGCGUGCGAGUCCGCAACACCGUCAAGGAGCUGCUGGCGGCCGUGCGGGAGGAGGGGGGCCACAGCAGCGGCCGCAGAGGCCCGGGGGGCCACCGGAAGGCCCCCGCGGCGGCCGCACGCCAACCGCACCGCCACGUGGUAGCUGCCGCACAGACAAAGGUCCCCCCUGAGGCGCAAGAUUCUCUGAAUUACUGCGCAGACUUCCGAGACCGGCCCACCCCACAGGCUGCCCACUGUCCCCACCACCCUCACCACCACCCUCACCACCACCCUCACCACCAGCCUCACCCUCACCACCACCCUCACCACCACCCUCACCACCCGGGUGGGGGCGCCGCCAUGGCCGAGGGGGCGUUGUACGGAACUCAGCCGUGCCCCGGGGGGACGCCCGGACUCACGCCCGGACUCACGCCCACCCACUACGCCGACUGCCUGCCUCCAGAGAUCGCCUUCCAGUACUGCGAGCAGCCUGCGGCCUACAUAGGCGAGGUUGGCCUGGUGGAGUCAGCGGGGCCUCCCUACGGCCUCUCGCAGUUCCCGGCCUUCCACUCGGCCAAUCUCGACCAAGGGCUGGACAACAACCACCACCACCAUAACAGCCACCACAACCACCACCACCUCGCCCACAACCUGCACAGCCUCCACCAGGAGGGGCCGAUCAACAGCGGAACCACCUACACGGCGCGCGUGUUCGAGGCGCCCCUGUACAGCGCGUCCGCCCGGGUCGGCCUGGGGGCCCCCUACGCCGGAUUCGAGGGGUUCCUGAGUGGGGGGGGCCCAUCCGCCUACAGCCCCCAGGGGGAGGUCCACGAUGGCCUCCUGGACCUGAGCGUCGGCCACGCGGACGCGGGCAGGGAGACGCUGCCCGAGGGCUACAUAUUUGGAGCAAUCAGCACCGGCUAUGGCUUCACGGGGGUCGAAGGUCAGAGCUCGCCAGACCUUCCGGGCGACUCUGCGGAGGAGCAGUGGAUGCUCGGCUCAACCGGGACGCAGCAGCAACCGCCACCUCCUCCGCCUCCUCAUCCACCUCCUCAUUGAGCGAGGGUUCUCCUGUCUCGGCGUCGGCUGCAGCAGCUGCAGAAUAAGAAGCACAGCUGUUGUCAGCAGCAGCAGCAUUAGCAGAAGCAGCAAACCCGACGAGCACAACUAUCAUCAUCAUCAGCAGCAGCAGCUGCUACAUCAGACACACAAACAACAUCAGCAGCAGCAGCAGAAUCGGGACCAGCAGCUGCAUUAGACGCACUAUUAUGGUGCCUUUGAUUAUGGUGAUGGUGGUGGUGAUAAUGUUGGUGGUGUUGAUGAUGGUGCUGUUGGUGAUGACAACGAUGGUGGUAACGAUGACAGCGGCUGUGGUGUUGACGCAUCAUCCGACAGUUUUUUUGUCCUUUCCCCCCGCACCUGCAAUUAGCACGGUUGGCUACGUACGGUGGUGCAAAAGAGGUUCAACACACACUCAACAUAUAUCAACAACUGCCACCAUCUACUGUCAAGAUGCACAUCCACUGUGAUCCCCACUGCAUGAACUCCAGCUACAAUACUCCCCCUAUUGAGACAUCCAAACCACUGUGAACCCCACUGGAUGAACUUCAGAUACAAUGCUCCUCCUAUUGAGACAUCCAAACCACUGUGAACCCCACUGCAUGAACUCCAGCUACAAUACUCCCCCUAUUGAGACAUCCAAACCACUGUGAACCCCACUGGAUGAACUUCAGAUAUGACCCUCCCCUAUUGUAGGCAUCAAAACCACUGAACCCCAGGGGAUGAAUUCCAUAUACAAAACUCCACCCAUGUUAGAUAUCCAAACCACUGUGAACCCUAGGGGAUGAACUCCAGGUAUGACACUCUCCCCCAUUGUAGACAUCCAAACCAUUGUACAAAGAUCCACCCAUAUACUUCCCUAUGGCGUUUAUGAAUUUUAAUAUAAUUAUUAUUUCUAAAAGUUAUGUAACGAUUGUUAAUUAAUUCACAUUUCGGGAUGUUUACUUGUGGGGUUAAAGACGUGCGUGUGUGGGGUAGAGUGGGUGAAUAAAGUCUUAAAAUGUGAUUUAGAUAUACUUUUAAAAUAUAUAUUGUGGUGGAAGCUUAAAGGAGCAAGCCCCUGCAGUUGCCCAUCUGGCAAGAGCAGCAGCAGCAGCCGGGGGGGGGGGGGG